UGAGCGGCGGCCUGGAAACUACAGGUCGCGCACGCCACAGGGCCGCCGCCGGCGAGUCGCCACGGAGAGACAAACGCCGUCACGCGCUGUGUCUACUCUACUCUACUUUGUGUUGUUUGUCAGGUUGUGUUUGUGGCUUUGCGUCGCCGUCAGGUGAAAAGGGGCGCCAAGCGAGUGGACGCUGGCGGCCAGUUGUCUUCGGAAACGCGAAAGGGCGAUAGGAGCGCCGCGCCGCGCCACUUUGAGACGGACAUGUGGCAAAAAGAAAGUUUGGGCGACGACGUCACCCGUCUGGAAGUGCGCCGUUCCCAACCAAUCAGCAUCGCCAGCUGGACUUCCGUCAACAGCAGGAGCGACGGGAGCCAGGGUUUCUCAUCAUCUGCGCCAUGCGUCCCGAACCCCUUCCCGGAGCUGUGCGGCCCCUCCGGCUCUCCCGUGGCCACGGUCGGCGACAAAGACCAGCGGCGGCGGCAGCGGCGGCGUUCCUUCCAAGCGAGCGAACGGAGCCCCCAAAGUCCGAACUGGAGCCAGCUGAGCGACGGCAACCCACUGAAGGUUUUCGGCGAGGACGAGCACGGCCGCUGGCUUCUCGUGAGCGCCGGCGCCACGGCCAUGGACGUUUGUAUCAUGUUGGCGGGCUGCGGCGAGCGGGCGAACUUGGCCCUGACGGAGGUCCAUCCCGCACUCGGCUUCGAGAGGUGCCUGGAGGACCACGAGGCGGUGCUGGAGGUUCAGGCCGGCUGGGCUGUCAAGGCCGACGCCAGGCUCGUCUUCUGCAAGAAUUACGCCAAGUACGAGUUCUUCCGGAAGCCCGCGCUUUUCUUCCCGGACGCCAUGAUCGCGGACGGCGGCAGCGGCGGCAAAGCCGUCAAGUCGCGACAGCCGGUGCAGGACCUGGUCCGUCAAGGCUCGUGUCCCGACAUCUGCGGCUUCCUGCACGUGAAGGAGUGCGGGCGCAAGUCGUGGAAGCGGGCUCACUUCCUGCUGCGCCGUUCGGGUCUGUACCGCUCAUCCAAGGACACGUCCAAGGAGCCGCGCCAGCUGCAUUACGUGGCCGACCUCGGCCACCUCCACGUCUACAACGUGGUCAACGCUCGCAAAGUUUACGGCGCGCCGCAAGACUUUUGCUUCGCCCUAGCGCCCUCAGGUAGUCCGGUCCGCCUUCAGCACGUGAAGAUGCUGUGCGCUGACAGCGAGCAGACCAGAACCUGCUGGACCUCAGCCUUGCGCUUAUUCAAGUAUGGGAAGCAGCUGCAGUGUAACUUCCAACAGUCCAAGUGGGCCCGACAAAGUUUGGAUGGAACGAAACUGACGGAUGGCAGAGCCAAGUCGCAGGCCAGCCUGGUGGGCAGAGACUCUUCAGCAAGUUCCGCAGACCGAGUCGCCGAGACCCCGAGCGAGGCGGAUUUCGUGGAGCGGCAGGAGCAACAAGCGUUUAGGCGUGGGGAAGCCCUGCGCCGCAGCCUGCCCGACCUGAACUGGGCCCCGCUCCACGCCGGCCAGCCGUGGUUCGGCGGCGCCGUGACACGAAAGGGAGCGCAGACGCUGAUGGAGAAGCAGGGCCUGGUGGACGGGACGUUCCUGAUCCGGGGCAGCCGGCAGCACGCCCGCUGCUUCGUGUUGUCGUUGUGUUUCCAGCUGAAGACUGAACACUUUCUGGUCAUCCCGGUGGUGCGAGGAGGGCGGGCGGCAGUAUCUGACGAUGGACGACGGCGCGACUCUGUUCACGGACCUGACGCAGCUGGUGGAUUUCCACCAGAUCAACAAAGGCAUCCUGCCCGUCUGCCUCAAGCACCCGUGCAUACUUUGAACUGCCCCGCCCUGCCCCGCCCUGCCCCUUCCCCAAACAGAUGGCCGGACGGGGGGGGGGUUCUGUGGCGCCACCAGCCGGGUCACGUGACUGACGGAGAGCCUUCCUCCACGUCGGCAGGAAAGUAGACAACGUGACAUCACCUCGGCGACGUGCGUCCUCUUUCCGUUUGAGCACAUUUGGGAAUGCCUUUUUGGAAGCGACUUUUGUUCAAUAAAACAUUUUGCACAAAA